CAUUCCUAUACUUAGGUCCUUGAGCACAGAGCGCUGCACUACACAGUGACGUACUCUAUCAACCUCCGUUGUUUCGGUUACAUCUUCAAUUUAAUAUAUUUUUUGGGAGGGAAGACUACACCUGCUACCACCAGAAUGUUAGGCGUCGUUGGCAAGCAACUAAGACAGCACCCAGCCUUGAUCCCACUCCUCAUUUUCAUUGGUGGAGGAGCAACAAUGUCUGUGAUGUACUUGGCUCGUUUGGCUCUGCGCAACCCUGAUGUCUCAUGGGAUCGCAAGAACAAUCCAGAGCCCUGGAACAAACUGGGCCACAAUGAUCAGUACAAGUUUUAUACAGUGAACAUGGACUACAGCAAGCUGAAGAAGGACAGACCAGACUUCUAAGCUGCCUCUAGCCAUCUUCAACGGCCAUGGUGUCCAGGAAGCCCCAAAGAAUAGGAAUGCAAUUUAUACAGGAAAUAUAUUACUUGAAUUUCUCUGAUGAAUUUGCAAAAUACUUUGUCUUUCUCAAAUUAAUUAUAUGGGAUAAUUGUAUAUGGUAUACAUAAUAAUAAUAAAGGAGAAAGGCACAUACACAGAAAAUAAUGAAUUGUCUUUCUGUCUGAUUACUACUAUUGAUCAGUAAUUCAGUAUAUUUAAAUGCAUCCUCCUGUAAUGAAAUGGUUUAUUUUGUAGAAGAAUUUCAUUCUUCCAAGAUUGAUUAGCUAAACUAAAGGAGAAGUGUAGUUUCCUUUGAGUACAUAUACAAAUAGUUAUUAAAUAAAAACACCAGAAAUGAUGGACAUGA